GCGGUCAGAGUUCUGUAUAUAAGAUGUGAGCCGGCCGCAGUACCCUUGCAUCGAAGAACGAUGGCGGACGAGUCGAAGCCUUUCUUUCCCGUGGAAUCCGCGCACCACGUCAAGCCGCCUCCGCCCCGACGGGCACAAUCCCUUACCCCGGAGUCCCGCUUCUGGCGCUCCUUCCGCCACUCCGAGCUCGCCUCCGGCCUCAUCCUCCCCGUUACCGCCCUCGAGUUCUCGCCGGUUGCACCCUACCACGUCGCCGCUGCCUGCUCUGCCGCCGUCCACCUCUUCGACGGCGCCGCAUCCCCUUCCCUCGCGCCCCUCCCCCACUCCCCCCUCUCCGGCUUCUCCGACGUCGCCUACUCCCCCUCCUUCCGCUGCGAUGGCGCCCUCCUCGCUGCCGGCGGUGAGUCCGGACUCGUCCAGGUCUUCCGCGUUGACAAGGCCGGCCCGCCCCUCCGCCGCCUCCGCGCACACGCCCGCCCCGUCCGCGUCGUACGGUACCCCCGAGUGGCUGAUAAGAUCCACCUCUUCUCCGGCGGCGACGACGCCCUCCUCGCCUAUUGGGACGUGCCCUCCGAGGCCCAGGUGGUCUCCUUUCCUGGCGCCCACCGCGACUACAUCCGCGCCGGGUCCGCCUCCCCCACCAGCCCCGAGGUCUUCGCGACCGGCUCCUAUGACCACACCGUCAAGCUCUGGGAUGUCCGUGUCCCGCCCGGUUCGAACCUCUUGCUGGGCUUCAGCCACGGGGAUCCCGUUGAGAGCGUGCUCUUCUUGCCUUCGGGCGGACUUCUUGCCACCGCAGGUGGUAACGUGGUCAAGAUCUGGGAUAUCAUUAGCGGUGGGAAGCUGACUCACACGAUAGAGAGCCACAACAAGACAGUCACUGCCUUAUGUCUCGGAAGGAUCAAGAAUGAGAGCCCCAGCGACGACGGUGGGGAACCGAGGCUUCUCAGCGUCUCCAUCGAUGGGUACAUGAAGAGCUUCGAUUUUGCGACCUUCAAGAUCACUCACUCGAUGAGGUACCCGGCCCAGCUCUUGUCAGUCGGGUUCUCCCCAUCCGGCAAUGCUCGGCUUGUUGGGACAUCGGAUGGGGUCAUUUACAUGGGUAUGAAGAAGACGAAGAAGCAAGAGGAGGCAAACGGGACAAAUGCUGCUAGUGAGCUUGAUGGGUUCAUUCCUGAACCUGAGAAGCAAGUUCUGAGGCCGACGAACUAUAGAUACUUUCACAGAGGCAAGAGUGAGAAGCCACAGGAUACAGAUUAUGUCAUUCCGAGGGCAGCAAAGGUGAAGCUUGCCGAACAUGAUAAGCUUUUGAAGAAAUUUUGGCACAAGGAGGCGCUUGUUGUGGCACUGAGUAAAAAGAGCGCAAGUAGUGUAGUUGCUGUGAUGGAGGAGCUGGUGGCUAGGAAGAAGCUGCUCAAGUGUGUGGCAAACUUGGACGUCGAUGAGCUUAGAUUGCUCCUACGUUUUCUGCACAAGAAUGCUACGUCCCCACGGCAUGCAAGGUUUCUGAUGGGCUUGACAAAGAAGGUUCUUGAGAUGCGUGCAGAUGAUAUUCAGUCUAACAACAAUUUGAGGAUCUACGUUAGGAAUCUUAAGCGCAUGAUUGCAGAAGAAAUCCAAAUACAGCGCUCUUUGCAAGAGAUUCAAGGAAUGAUUUCUCCUCUGCUUGUAAUAGCUGGAAGAUGAGGCUUUUGGUGCUAGUUACUGGUGUGGGUGUGUGGUUUAUGAACUGAUGUGAGAAUCCAACAUCUAUGCAUUGGCUGUAUUGGUUGCAGGCCAAACACAUCAGACGUCUUAUCAAACAACACAAUUGGUCAAUACUUUAGAGUUCAUGUGCCUGGUUGCUUAGGAUUUUUGAUUAUGAGACCAGUGAUGUAACAUUUUGUUAAAUUUUACUUUUUUGCAUUGUCUUA